AUGAAAGUCUUAGACACACCAAAAACGGCAGAUCUUAGAAAUGAUAGCUUCAUCAACAAGCUUGCGAUCGUCGCUAGUAUGAGCGGCCUGCUCUUUGGAUAUGAUACGGGUGUCGUAUCUGGAGCCAUUGUGUACAUGAGAGUCCAAAUGGACCUGUCACCGUUUCAGGUGGAAGUUGUGGUAUCAUCCACCAUCUUGGCAGCCGCCUUUUCUUCCUUUUGGGGACAUCACAUCAUGGACAAGUAUGGCCGAAAAUUCACUCUCAUGGUAGCAUCAUCGAUUUUCAUCGUUGGGAGUAUCAUUAUGGGUGCCUCCUUUGGUCCCUACCAUAAGGGUCUUACAAUGAUGGUGAUUGGAAGGAUUACAGUCGGCAUCGCCAUUGGAUUGGCAUCUGAGGCUGGUCCACUUUAUAUUUCUGAAUGUGCUCCACCACCGCUGAGAGGAAAGUUGACAACGUUAUUCAAUAUUGCCGUGGUGGGAGGUCAAGUCUUUGCUGCCAUCCUUUGUGGUGCACUGAGUUAUUUGCCAUGGAGUUACAACUGGAGACUCAUGCUUGCCUUUGGAGCUUUCCCUGCUCUUGGUCAAUUACUCGGCUUUCUUUCCUUGCCAAUCAGUCCAGCAUGGUUGGUAUUGCAAGGAAAGGAGGAAGAAGCUGAAAUCGUUCUGCGGCAAAUUCGAAUGAUUCCCGUCCAGCAAAACGAAGAUGGCGAGAUUAUUCCUGAUCCUGUCCAAAAGGAACUCAAAGAGAUUGUUGACGAGUUUGAAGAAUCCAAAAAGAAGCAACAUGUCAGCUUGUUUCGACUGUGGACCGCGUAUCCCAGUAUUCGCCGGGCCAUGAUUCUUGGAUGCAGUCUUUGGGCGGUCUCACAACUUGCCGGCAUCAACACAAUCAUGUACUACGGUGCCAGUAUUGUCCGAAAGGCCGGACUUGGUGGCGAUCGUUCCUUUGAUAUCUGGAUCACAGUGCCUCUCUACUUUAUGCAGCUUGUUGGUAUCAUUAUCUGUUACAACAUUAUUGAUCGCUGGGGCCGAAGACCUACGCUUUUGUUCAGUAUGACCUUGGUUCUGAUUGGCCUCCUAACGAUCGGAACGGGAUUUGCAACCGACAAUGGCAUUCUCACCAUUAUUGGAAUGGUAUGCUACCUCUUUGCCUUUGGUGUCGGUCUAUCAACAAUGCCGUACACCAUGAAUGCUGAAAUCUAUCCAACCGAAUACCGUGGAGUGUGUGUGGCACAGUCGACGGGUGUCUUUUGGGCGACGAAUUUCGUUGUUAGUUUGACCUUUUUGACGCUGGCCCGAGUGUUGGGCAAUGCCGGGGUCUUUUUCUUGUACGCUGGCAUUGUCUUUGUCAGUGAAAUUUAUUUCUACUUUGUGGUUCCCGAAACCAGCGGGCUGUCCUUGCAUGAAAUUCAAGCCAUCUUUGAACAAAAGCCGGAAGAAAGUGUCGGCCUCUCUGAUACGAGUACGGACGGUAUUGAAACGACAGAGUACGGAAGUACCGAUGUAUCACCGGAUGUGUCAUCGUCACCAGCAGAAAGGAAACUUCCUAUGUUUGUAUAA